UUCAUGGGUUCCCAGCGGAAUGCCGGAUAUCGUCUUUUCCAGGAAUUCCACGACGAUGACUACGUCCUUGUAUCUGGGGAUGGUCACCGCUCUUUGAUCACCAUGAAGCUACGAAGUGGAUGGGUUUGUGCAAGCAUUUAAAGAGAUCCAUUUGUCCUCAAAGACCAGCAACGAAACGGGGUAAACCUCCUAACAUAAUAGUCAUCUCUCACACGCAAUGGAAAAGACAGUUGAAGUCUUCCACGAUGUAACGACAAAACCAGGUGAGACGACCAUGGUUGAGGAUCUCGCUCCCAAAGUCGAACAAGCACGAGUGGCUGCCGAAGAGGAACAUCAACUUUCGGUUUGGGAUGCUCUGACCAAGAACAAGGUCGUGGUGUUCUGGUGUGUUUUUUUCGCCUUCAGUGCUAUCGGAUGGGGAUUUGAUGCACAGGUCAAUGGUGCCAUGAUCUCAGUACCACAGUUUCGCCUCACGUUCGGGUACAUCUACCAAGGUCAAGCAGUCAUUCCGGCGAGUUGGCAAAGUGGCUUCAAUAGCAUUUCCAGCGUCGGACAGUUCUUUGGUGGAUUUGCCUGCUCGUGGCUUUCUGACCGCAUCGGCCGCAAGAAGUCUCUUCUCAUGGGUCUAGCCUUUGUGACUGGCGGUAUCUUCGGAGAGGUCUUUUCGAGCACUCGACCAGCCUUUCUCAUCGGCAAAUUGAUCCUGGGUGUCGGACUAGGUUUCUACCUCACCAUUGGACCCUUGUACUGUUCCGAGGUGGCCCCGGUUGUCCUCCGUGGAAUGAUCACUGGAGGUAUCAAUUUCGCAAUAGUCAUUGGCCAACUUUUGUCCAACGCAGUCAUCAAGGGAUUUGGAGACAGAGAUGACCGUUGGGCGUUUAGGGGGCCUUUUGCGGUGCAAUUUCUGUUUGUUGCAAUCCUUCUUGUGGGGGUAUGGUUUGCUCCUGAAUCCCCAUGGCAUUUCGUUCGACACGGUCAAAUCGAGGAUGCACGACGCUCGCUACAGCGCCUCCACGGCCACGAUGUCGACGUCACCCCUAGACUUGCCAUGAUCGUCCGAACCGUCGAGGAAGACAUGGAACUAUCCAAAUCCGCGAGAUGGAUCCAGUGCUUCCAAGGCACCAACCUUGUCCGCACCACGAUUUCCGUCGGUGCCUUUGCUUGUCAACACUUGUCCGGAAUUGUGUUCGUCCUCGGCUUUUCGACCUACUUUUUCGAACUCGCGGGUAUCCAAACCAGCCACGCGUUCGACUUGGGUGUUGGUGUUACGGCUUGCGGUGUCGUCGGCGUCAUGAUUUCUUGGAUGGCCAUCAACACUCUGGGUCGCAGGAAACUCUUCGUCUGGGGCAUGAUCGGCAUGACGAUUGUGCUUGUGCUCAUGGGCAUCCUCGACGUUGUCCACACCUCCGCCGCUCGCUGGGUCCAAGCGUCUUGCACCGUGGUGUACGCUCUCAUUUACCAAAUCACCAUCGGAUGCAUUGCAUUUGCACUCCUCGGCGAAGUUUCCACCCCUUCUCUCCGUGCAAAGACGGUCGGACUGGCCACCGCUUGCCAGGCUGUUUUUGGGACCGUCAUGAACAUCGUCGUACCGUAUAUGGUCAACCCGGACAAGGCGAACUUGAAAGGCAAGGUCGGAUUUGUCUUUGGCGGUGCUUGCCUGCUUGGGACCAUAUGGAGCUACUUUUACAUUCCCGAGCUCAAAGGUCGCACUUUCCAGGAGAUUGAUUAUCUGUUUCAUCAUCGGGUCCCUCCUAGGAAAAUGGGAAGUUAUGACCUCGAUGAAGUUGAAGAUGGUUUGUGAUGAUAGCAUGAUAAGGAUAGGGCGAUGGUGAUGGUGGUUGUUAUUGGAAAUGCAUUCACUCUCGGAUACUAGGACUUCCUUACCAUUUGAGAUACUGCCGUCACCUUCGUCACUACAUUCACUACCUUCACCUCUCCCUCCAAAAAAGAACAAAAAAAUCCUGAUCCUGCAGGAAAAACAAAAAGUUUGGAGAUUCGAACCUCCGGCUUCUGAUACUUAUCCCGACUAUGAACCCUUCAUACCUUCUAUGACAGAAGAUACUACAGUAGUCAUGGAAACCCAGCCGACUCCCAAGUUUAAUCCACUGAAGCGUAGGUUUCCAAGGAUAAGCCCAACCUCCAAACCAAUUAG